AUGGAUGGAGGGAGAUCGCCUGUGCCGGCAGCCGGUAGUGGUAGAGAAGAGGCUACCCAGUGGCUGCCGAAUCGCAGGAGAGCCGAUACUAGAGAUAGCGACGAUGGGAGUGGCCGGUCGGCGCGGGGAUCUGACAGGGUUUCCAGCCCGUGGAGCAUGAACCGGCGCAGGGCGUCGGUGAGUGAAAGGACGCCAGCAAGGUCGUUCUACCAUCGAGCGUUUCACGGGCCAUUGGAAGACGGCCAGUAUUCCUUCGACGGUGUUAGACAGCAGACUGCCGAAUUAGAAUCGCGAGCUAUAUCAGAUGCCGAAUCGAUCCAUAGCUUGAGAUCUUCUUCCUUUUCGGCAUAUCGCGACGAUGUCGCGUCUUCUCUGGACGGAAGGUUCCCGGACACCUUUGGCAUCAGGGGCCGAUCUGACAGCCAGCUCAUACCCCCAGAAGUAAUAAUUGAGGAAGAUUCAGACUCUGAGACCCCAAAAGUUGGAUCCGUCGCUGCUAAUUCGGGGGAGUCUGCCUUGACGGCUUUGCUUCUUGGGCCGUCAGCUAAAAAAAGGGGAGCUAGUGGUGAACGCCAUGUGGAAAAUCUCGAAGAAACCGUAUCAGAGGAUGCACCUCUACUUAGACAACGAUCUAAGUCGCAGAGCCAUCGUGACAAUUACGGUACAUCCGGAGACAUAGAGAGCUCACCACCUCUCCUCCCAACAAGCACGCCUCAAUGGGAUAAAAAAGACUUUAAGUGGCAGUCACCAAUCCAUUGGAAAAAUUUCUUUAACCCUAAAAAAUGGAAUCGACGGACUAUAUUCGAAAAGGGCAUUGCGUAUCCAGCAAGUCUUAUGCCAGCCGUCAUUUUGGGACUUAUUCUUAAUAUCCUGGAUGCUUUGUCUUAUGGAAUGAUUUUAUUUCCCCUUGGCGAGCCAUUGUUUGCCGAACUGGGCGCUGAUGGUAUCUCCAUGUUCUACGUUAGCACGAUCAUUUCACAACUUGUCAUCUCCUGCGGCGGCUCAGUCUUCAAAGGAGGCAUUGGAUCAGAGAUGAUUGAAAUAGUUCCCUUCUUUCAUAAGAUGGCAUUAAUGAUCCUGGCAAAGGUGGGUGAGGAGAACAUGGAUUCCGUCCUGGCGACUACCAUCUUAGCAUACGCGCUAAGUUCUCUCCUGACGGGAACUGUGUUCUUUGCCAUGGGUGCCAGUGGGCUCGGCUCAGUUAUUGGUUUCUUUCCCAGGCAUAUUUUAAUUGGGUGUAUUGGAGGCGUUGGCUGGUUUUUGGUCGCUACUGGAAUUGAGGUAUCUGCCAGAUUGUCAGGAAACUUCAAUUAUGACCUAGAUACCUUACACAGGCUUUUCCAGCUUGAUACAAUUUUUCUUUGGACGACGCCUCUUGUUGUUGCCAUUGGCCUACUGGUUCUCAAACGGUAUGUCAAGUCAACAUUUCUGGUCGGUGGAUAUUUCGUGUCAGUUGGAGUCUUGUUUUAUGUGGUCAAAUUGUUUUCCGGGAUUCCAUUGGAGACUUUGCGCGACAAAGGAUGGGUAUUUGAGGCUCCAUCGUCCUCAAAUCCCUGGUAUCAUUUCUAUACAUUAUACAAAUUCUCUGCCGUCGACUGGUCCGCGCUCGCUGACACGAUUCCUGCCAUGUUCGCGCUGACCUUUUUUGGUAUCCUUCAUGUGCCCAUAAACGUCCCAGCACUGGGCAUUUCCACUAAAGAGGACAAUUUAAAUGUUGAUCGUGAGCUUAUCGCUCAUGGAGUCUCUAACGUGUUGUCAGGCUUUGCUGGAAGCGUACAGAAUUAUCUGGUGUAUACUAACAGCCUACUUUUCAUCGCGAGCGGUGGAAAUGAUCGUUUGGCUGGUAUAAUGCUGGCCAUUGGGACGUUUGGAAUCAUGCUGGCUGGGCCAGGCCUUAUAGGUUAUAUUCCUGUUUUAGUUGUUGGUGCGUUGAUAUAUAUGCUUGGAAUAGAAUUGAUGGAGGAGGCUUUGGUUCAUACCUGGGGAAAGCUUCAUACACUAGAAUAUAUGACAGUCAUGAUAAUUGUUGCUACUAUGGGUGCAUGGGAUUUCGUCUCUGGUGUUAUGGUCGGCAUAUUUUUGGCUUGCCUUAGUUUCGUCGUUCAGGCGUCUCAGAAAUCCGCCGUUACAGCGACGUACACAGGACAAGUCGCAUUUUCCACAGUUCGGCGAAACCCGUUGCACGUUCGUUACCUCAGAGAAGCUGGAAGACAAACGUUUGUGAUCAAACUCUCGGGCUUCCUGUUUUUCGGCACCAUUGUCAGCGUAGAGAAACAAGUGCGUUGGCUAAUCGAAGGGGAAGUAUUCAAUGAUCGGCCAAUUCGGUUCCUUGUUUUGGAUAUUUCGCAUGUCAAAGGGCUGGAUUUCUCCGCUGCUGAAGCAUUUACCAGGCUAAACAGGGUGCUACGUGUGCGAAGAGUACACAUGAUUCUAUGUGGCGUUGAUAUUACCGGUGAAAUAGGCCUCAGCCUCAGAAAUGUUGGCCUGUUCGAGCAAGAAGACGAAGUUCAUGUGUUCAAGAAUUUAAAUUCUGCGCUUGAAUUUUGCGAAAAUGAGCUUCUACGCGUGCUGCAUGAGCGCAGAGAUGUUAUGACAGGAACCAAAACGGAGUCUCCACCGGUCAAACAGAUACUUGAGCCACCAAAAGUAGACCUUCCAAUCAACUCGCCUCGCCAUUUCUACCUCAAUCAACUUGCUGCGACCACCCUUCAGGAGGAAGCCUCUUCCUCUACAUCCGCCCGUCGGCCCUCUAAUGCAAAGCAGCAGCUCGCACCGCCACUCCCCCUUCUGCUCCACACAUUUCAAGGCCUCACCACCAAGCCAGAUGACUUUUGGGCCCCCGCGGCCGUGCAUUUUACCCGUGCAGAAUACCCAGCCUCCAGCGUGCUCUAUCGCUGCGGCGACUCCGCGCAAUACUUUUAUCUUCUGGAAUCGGGGAUGCUGCGGGCCGAGUACGACACGCCGCAGGGGCACUACUUUGAGCUGAUCGUGGCAGGGCGGCCGUGUGGCGAAUUGCCUUUCUUUGGAGGCACGAAGAGGACCGCGACUGUUAGAGCUGAGACGGCGUCUGUCGUCUGGGUGAUGGGCGAAGAAGGAUGGAAGAAACUGAGCGAGAGCCAUGGCGAGGUAGCGUUGGAGAUGAUGAAGGUCAGCUUGAAGUUAACCGCGGAGAGGAUGGAGAGUAUUACCUCGUACGUUCUAACGGCCACACGAUGA